AUGGAUUCUGGUUCAAUCAACGGCAAUUAUGUUAUUCAAUCACUUUUACAAAAAGCUGAUGCAUUAACAAAUUCACAAUUUCCAUCAAAUUCUGCAUUUACAGUUAUUGGUCAAGAUCAAUAUGCAACAACAAGUUUCGUUGAUGUUGGUAAUACAAGUGUAAUUGAUUCGUCUGAUUCGAACGGUGUCAAAAUCGAAGAAGUGGAUGCAGCUACUGCUAAUCAAAUUGUUCAAUCAUUAUCAUCCUCAUCAAAAGUUUAUCCACAAUAUCAAAUAAUUGAAUCAAACAAUGCAAACAAUUUUGUCAUUGAAGAACCAUCUGCUUCAGCAGCAUCAGCAGCAAAUUUCAGUGGUGAACUUUACCGAGAUCCUAAUGGUCCUCAAAUUAUCCGACGACCACCAGCACAAGGUCCAUUAACCUAUCAACAAAAUAUAUCAGUACGUUUUCUUCAACCACCACCAGUUCCACCACCAGGACCAUUGGUUAUCAAAGAAGUUCGUCCACCACAGCUACCACCUCCACCACCACUUGUCAUUCGACAACGUGCACCACCUCUUCCAACACCUUCUCCACUUGUCCUUCGAGAACGACCACCACAUCCUCCUGCUCCAAUUCCAACUCAAACUGUCAUCAAGAAAUUACCAGCUGCCCCUGUUCCACCUCGAUCCAUUGUUGUUGAACGUUAUCCAGCAACACCUGCACGACCUCGUGAUAUUAUCAUUGAACGUUGGGUACCAUAUUCAAAAGAACCUCAAAAACGUAAGGUAAUAACUCACCGAGCUCCACCACCACGUGCAUAUCCUCAACCACGCAAUACAAUUAUUGCUUAUGAAGCACCACAAGUCAAUGUUGUACGUUCAGUACGCAGACUUGGUGUUCAAGCACAAAAUCCUCAAGAAUAUGUUAGCCGAUAUGGUCACACAUUAUUAGAUGCUUCAACAUUAGUUGCUCAAGCACAACAAAUUGGCGUUAAUGAAGAUCUUGGUCCACCAUCAGCUAGUUUCAUUCAACAAUAUCAAACUGACAAUAAUAUCCAAUACUACUUGAGUGGUUCACAAACAGGAUGGGAACCAGAAUAUGAAUAUACUACUGUUCCUGAAACUACUAUCGUGGAAACUCAAACAGCAAAUAACAACCAACAAGGUGAAAUCUAUUGGGUUGACCCUCAAGAAGAUGUUAACGUAAUUCUUCAACGUCUUGGCCUCUCCCUUGAGUAA